AGACCAUCUGUGUUCAUGGUCAGCUGAUUUAAAGAACGGAGUUACAAAACAUUAAAAACUAGCAUACAGGGGCUAGGUACAGAGCAGCGUGUUAUUUCAUUUCCUUGAAUGUAGUCACCGGAAUAUGACAUUCAAUGGACCCUGCUACUACCACAUCUCCGAUGCAAAGCGAUUGUGAAACAGAGUCUUUGUAAGUUGUAUUCACUGGAGAGAAGAGCAGCUGUGAGUGACCCUCCACGGCCAAGUUCAGUCUGGAGCUGGUGGCCUUCCUGGCGUCCAACAUCCAUGUCCCUUCUAAAGACUGCAGAGUCAAAGAUUCUUGCAUGUAUCCAGAAUGACGUAUGGUCUCGGUUUGUGACCCUGCCAAACCGCGAUCGAAUAUGGACUCUGUCCCUCACCAACAAGGGGGUGCGCAAAACUGCAGAACAGGCCCCGAAGACUCCCCUGGUGAUGGUCCACGGGUUCGGUGGAGGGGUCGGCCUUUGGAUCCGGAACAUUGACGCUCUGAGUCGAUCGCGGCCUGUUUACGCCUUUGACCUCCUGGGCUUCGGCCGGAGCUCCAGGCCUUCCUUCCCCUCGGAUGCUACCCAGGCAGAGAAGCAGUUUGUGGACUCUAUUGAGCAGUGGAGAGAGUAUUUAGGCCUGGAGAACAUGAUCCUGCUGGGACACAGUCUAGGGGGGUACCUGGCUACCUCCUAUGCCAUCCAGUACCCUACUAGGUAAUAUUAAGAUGAUGAGGGGAACAGAAUAGUUGUAGCUGGUAGUGGUUUACUAAGUACUGAACAUUGAAUAAGUAAUGUUACAUAUUAACCAGCCUCAUCUAAUAUUAAAGGUCACCUAUUAUAAAAAAAUCCACUUUUUCAUGUCUGUUAUACAUAAACAUGUGUCCCCUCUG